CCUGCCCUCCCCCCAGUCCAGGUCCCCAUCCCAGCCUUGGCAAUGACCCUGGCGGCUUCCUCCCAGCGCUCCCAGAUCAUUCGCUCCAAGUUCCGAUCCGUCCUCCAGCUUCGGAUCCACAGACGGUAUCAGGACCCGAGCCUCUCAGGGUCCUUCACUGCCUCUCCAGUCUCAGAUCCAGAUCCGUGGAUCUCAGCCUCAGCCCCGGCUCUGGCUCCAGCCCCAGCCUUGCCCUUGGGCCCCGCUCCUCCCCUCUUCAGCCCUGGGGUCCUGCUCCCUGAGCCAGAAUACUGCGCUUGGAGGUCCCUGAAGAAGGAGUCUCCUAAGAUCUCCCAACACUGGAGGGAGCCCAAGCCCAAGGGGAACUUGACAUACCACCAGUACAUGCCCCCAGAGCCGAGACAACGGUCCAGGGCAGACCCCCAGGCUGAAGGGUCAGCCCUGGGUCCUCCAGGGCCACCUCUGUGGGAAGAGAGAAACUCACAGCAGCCACCUCUUAGGAUGAAGCCCACUCCUCUCACUCCCUCCCUACCAGGAAUCCCCAGCCCCUCGCCCCCUCCACACAAGUUGGAACUUCAGACCCUUAAACUGGAGGAGCUGACGGUGAGUGUGGGGAGUAACUUCCCCGGCUGGCCCUCUCCUUCGGUGGGGACCAAGAGCCCGGGUCCCCAGUCCCUCGUCUCUCGGUUUCCAGGUGUCCAGCCCCAGCUCCCGCCUACGUCCCGGAGCCCUCCCAGUAUGGCCUCUCUCCGCCCUCCACCCCAGGUCUCGGAGCUCCGGCAGCAGCUGCGCCUGCGGGGCCUCCCGGUGUCAGGGACCAAGUCGAUGCUCCUGGAGCGCAUGCGCGGCGACGCCACGCCCCGCGAGAGGCCGAAGCCGCGGCGCGAGGACAGUCCCGCGGGUGCUGCCUGGCCGCGCCUCAGGCCCAAGGCUCUGGGAGCCUCCCGGCGGCAGGUCUCGGUAAAGCCAAGCCCAACAUCUCACCUGCCGGCUCUUCCACGUGCCGCGGAAACCCUUGUGAUAACUCCAGCUCCAGCUCCGGCUCCGGCUCCGGCUCCAGCGCUGACCCCUUCCUCAGCACCAGCCUCGGCGACUCUGACUCUGGAGGAGGAGCUGCAGGAAGCGAUCCGCAGGGCUCAGUUGCUUCCGGACCGGGGCAUCGAUGACAUCCUGGAGGAUCAAGUGGAACCUGAUGUCCCGCUGCCCCCCAUCCCCCUGGACUUCCCCGGCUCCUUCGACGUGCUUUCCCCCUCCCCGGACUCUGAAGGCCUCUCGUCUGUCUUCUCUUCCUCGCUCCCGUCUCCCACGAACUCCCCAUCCCCCUCUCCCAGGGGGCCCACGGACUCCUUGGACUGGCUGGAGGCUCUGAGUGGGGGUCCCCCGCUGGGAUGUGGCCCCCCAGCCCCCAGCAUCUUCUCUGCUGACUUAUGUGACUCCAGUGGCACCCGGCUGUGGGAUCUGCUGGAGGAUCCAUGGUGAUGGAUUCUGGGGUUUCCGGGGACUGAGAACUGGUGGGGAUGGGGAGGUUGCAGAGACAGACUCCCUGAGGGAGGGGUUGGAACAAACUGCAGAGCCCCUCCCACAACAGACACAAAAUCAGAGAUAUCCCCACCUGGCCCCAGAUCUGCUGCUGAUAUGCCAACCACCUGAUUUUGCCUGCCUAACCUCCGUAUGAUCCCCUCCAUGGUUGUGUGAUGGGGGACAGGGAGGUUUCAUUUGCUGCUGGCCAGGGCAAACAAGUUGCUUGCUGCUUC